CGGCGGCACAGUAUAACUCGUGGGGCUGCCGCGGCCAUGGCCACAGCCGCCUCCAACCCCUACGGCCUGCUGGGCGCCGGCGCGCUCGCCCACGCCGAGGGCGCGGGCAUGCAGCAGGGCAGCCCGUUCCGCAGCCCGCAGAAGCUGCUGCAGAGCGAGUACCUGCAGGGCGUCCCCGGCAAUGGGCACCCGCUGGGGCAUCACUGGGUGACCAGCCUGAGCGACGGCGCGCCCUGGCCCGCGGCGCUGGCGGGCGGCCCGCUGGAGCAGCCCGACGUGAAGCCGGGCCGUGAGGACCUGCAGCUGGGCGCCAUCAUCCACCACCGCUCGCCCCACGUCUCCCACCACUCGCCCCACGCCAACCACCCCAGCGCCUGGGGCGCCAGCCCGGCGCACAGCGCCUCGCUGGCCGCCCCCCCCGCCGCCGCCGCCGCCGCCGCCGGGCAGCCCCUGAGCGUGUACUCGCAGGGCGGGUUCGCGGUGGGCGGCAUGCUGGAGCACGGCGGGCUCACCCCGCCGCCCGCCGCCGCCGCCGGCCAGGGCUUGCACCCGGGGCUGCGCGGCGAGGCCGGCGGCGAGCACGGCGAGCUGGGCGGCCACCACUGCCAGGACCACUCGGACGAGGAGACGCCGACCUCGGACGAGCUGGAGCAGUUCGCCAAGCAGUUCAAGCAGCGCCGCAUCAAGCUGGGCUUCACCCAGGCCGACGUGGGGCUGGCGCUGGGCACCCUGUACGGCAACGUCUUCUCGCAGACCACCAUCUGCCGCUUCGAGGCCCUGCAGCUGAGCUUCAAGAACAUGUGCAAGCUGAAGCCGCUGCUGAACAAGUGGCUGGAGGAGGCCGACUCCUCCACCGGCAGCCCCACGAGCAUCGACAAGAUCGCGGCGCAGGGGAGGAAGAGGAAGAAGCGGACCUCCAUCGAGGUGAGUGUCAAGGGCGUGCUGGAGACGCACUUCCUCAAGUGCCCCAAGCCGGCCGCCCAGGAGAUCUCCUCGCUGGCGGACAGCCUGCAGCUGGAGAAGGAGGUGGUGCGGGUCUGGUUCUGCAACCGGCGGCAGAAGGAGAAGCGCAUGACCCCUCCGGGCGAGCAGCCGCAGCACGACGUGUACUCGCACGGCGUGAAAACGGACACGGCCUGCCACGACCUCUGACCGCGGGCUCGGCCCCGGGACUGCCCGGCCGCGGCGCUGCCCGCCCGCACUAUGGGCUUUAACUUAUGGUUUCGGGAGACGCGGCGAGGGGUCCCCGCCCGCCGCCGCCUCGGCAAUAUUUUUUUUUUCCUCUCUCCGACCUGGUCACACACGGUGUUUACUCGCAGACAAGGUUUGUUUUCGGUCUCCGCUAGGAUGAAGGAAAAAAAAAAAAAAGACACACAAACAAAAAAAAAAAAACCCUCACCAACCCCACCGCAAAACAAAACCCAAACAAAAAGGAAGGAAAAAAAAGAAACCGAGAAAAAGAAAAAAAAAAAAAAAAGGGAAAACCCACGGAAAAAUAGAAAAUGAAAAAAAAAAAAGAGAACGAAAAACCCGACAGAAAAGGAAAGACAGAUGUGUGCCUAUGAAUAACCUUCCAGCGCCUUGGUUAUAUCAGCUGUAUUUCAGGUGAAUCUGUUUUACAAUAGACUAGUUUUGCAUUUUUAAAGACUUAUAUAGCGUUUUUAAAUGUCUGAGGUGUUUUACUACAAACUGUACACAAUAUUUGUGACCUAAUUUGUAUCGAAUUGAGCAGUCCAAACGUUCCUCCCUUCCCCAAGCACCGGCAAUGUCACCGAGCGGGGCCGGGGCAGGGCGGCCGCGGCCCUUCCUCACCCCCCCGGAGGAGAUGGGGCUCCCUCCGCGCCCGCGGAGCCCCGCACCGAUGUGAAGAACGGGCUUAUUUGUUGCAGCUUUUUUUCUUCCUUUUCAAGAACUUCCCAACACCGUAAAACGGUCGGGUCACAAGCCUGACCUCCCCCCCUCCCUUCUUCUCGCAAGGAAAAAAAAAUAAUUAUAUAUAUAAAUAUAUAAAAUAAUUAUUUCUAGGAGAUUUACCCGAAAUUAAGCAUCACAACCAAACCCGUGGCAUUUGCCAGUCUUUUUUCUUUCCGAAGAUGAGUUGGGCUUUUUAAUCAGCGCCAGACUGAGAGGUCUGUAGUAAAACACCUUUAUCCUUCUGCGCUUUCGCUUCGGAAAUCGGUUUCUCUGUAUUUUGUUUCGAUAGUGAAGAGGAAUGAGGUGUCGGGGGGAGGGAGGAAGGGAGGGAGGGAAGAGGACAGAAAACGCCCGCAUUUGGUUCACGCUGAGCUUCUUUCCGCGUCGCAGGGAGAUGCUGGAUUUGUGGAAAAGCUUUUCUAGGGGGGAGGGCAGGGAGGGGGGGAGAAGAAAAAAAAUAAUCGUAAUAAUCACCGACAAAACAAAACAGGGAGGGGAAAAAAAAACCAACAACAAAAAAACAAAACAAAAACAAACCCUCUACCACCAAAACAAAUCCCCUAAAAUGCAAACGCCGUUUUUCGGGCGCAGGGAAGUGCUGAGCUGCACCCGCCCCCUCUCCCCCUGUCCCUCCCAGCCCGGGGCUGCGCUAUCCCCAAGGGCGGGGGGCGCGGCGGCCGCGCACCCACCCGCGAGGGGUCCGUGUGAGUGUGGGUGAGUGUCUGUCCGUCUGUCCGUGUGUGUGUGUGAGUGUCUGUCCGUCCGUCUGUCCGUGUGUGUGUGCUCCCCCCGAGCCCCGCACCCCCGGGGCCGCCGGGCAGGGCCGGGCUCCCCCCCCGCUCCCGGGGCUGCACCCGCGGCCCCCUGAGGGCCGGGCCGGUCCCCGCUCCGCAGCUCCCGCACAGCAUCCCCCCCCUCCUCUCCUCUCCUCUCACCCUCACCCUUCCCCUCCUCCAGAUUUUUUCCUUUCGACAUUUAUAUUUUUCAAGUAUUUUUCAGUAAGCGCUAAAAAAAAAAAAAAAAAAAAAAAAGAAAA